AUGGUUUGUACAAUGCUACAGACUUCAAGCCUGCCUGUAUUCAGAUAUAUGUCCUGCCCACGCCAUUUGAUCUUGGACAGGAGGACUGUCUGUACUUGAACGUGUUCACACCGAUUGGUUCCGACACAACUCUCGCAGAUUUAAAGAAGGUUUUUGUAUUUUUCCAUGGAGGUGCAAACAUACAGGGAUUCCCUAGUGGUUAUCUGCCAGGGACACUGGUGACAGAACAGGAUAUCAUCGUUGUCACUGUCGCCUACCGUCUGGGCUACCUUGGGGUCUUGAGUACCAUGACCCCAAGCUGUCAAGGCAAUCUGAACCUCAAAGAUCAGUUGAUGUCUUUGGCUUGGGUUAAAAAGCACAUCCAAGACUUCGGAGGAGACCCAGCUGCAGUCACUAUUGGAGGCCAGUCCGCGGGCGGAUUCGAUUCCUCUUUCUUGGCCCUGCUACCCCAAUCUCGAGAUUUAUUUACCAGAGUUUAUUGCGCGAGUGGAGCUACAGGAUCUAAAAACACACUCUUGAUCACAAACCCGAGACCUGAUGCAAUCAAAAUCAGCCGGAAAUUGGGUUGUCUCAGAGUUGAACAGCCAGACCCUGUUGCAGAUUCCGAAUUCGAGAAAUUAGUGGACUGUCUGAAAAAAGUGCCCGCUGAAAAUUUCGCCAUCAAUGAAACAACUGAUAUUCCUACUCUGCAGUCAACUUUAUCUAACGAUCUGUUCCCUAAAAAAAUGGAAGAACUGCUCUCUGAUGAGAACUACCUGAAAUCUGUCAACUUCUUUGACAGGGAUUAUCUUGUCAGUGUCACUGACAAUGAAGGCUACGUUUAUAACCUUCUCUAUAAUUACAUUCUAUCUGUGUUGCCAGCAGAAAUGGCCAGGCUUUUAACACCUCAAGUUAUUUUAUUUCAAACAAUUCAAUCGUUUAUAGUACCAGCGUUUGGACCAGUCAGUCAGCAAGUGAUACAGAAGGUGGCUGAGUACUACGGGAACAACUUUCACAUGGAUCCGCUUGCAGAUUUUGUUAGUGAUGCCAUGUUCAACAUCCAGUCCUUACAAUUCGUGACUGCUGUUGCUGGUGGCCGUUCUUCACAAGACAGUCGAGUACAUUUCUUUCAAUUCGCCUAUUCACCAGAAUAUGUCCUUGACCCUUCUAACGGGUUUCCACAUGCCUUUGACCUCGUCUACUUAUUUGACCUCGACAUGGAGUUUGUGAUUAAGUUAGUACCGGCGAAGGUGGACGGCAGCAAAUGGAACAAGAAUGAUGACUUGCUCAGGCAGAAGUUCAUAAAACUAGUUGCUGAUUUUAUCAAAACAGGGAACCCAGCCAAAUCUCUGACCUCUGAGCUGCCCUCAGGCUGGCCUGGGUUUGACCAGAAACAGCAGCAGUACUUGGAGUUUGGGCUCAACUUGACAGUCAAGCAAUAUCUUAUCAAAGAGAGAGUACAGUUGUGGUCAGAGCAGAUCCCCAAGUGGAUCCAGGAGUUCCCUGUAAAUCCUAGAGUACAAUUAGCUUCAAGUAUAUCAAGUACUACUACUUUAAGUAUUACAAAUACUACUACUUCAAGUACUACAAGUACUACUACUUCAAGUAGUUCUAUUCGAAACAACUGUUACCUUAAACUAACAGUGGCUGUCUCACUAGGAGUUCAGAUAAUGAUUGUUUUGAACAGAUUUAGUGAGUAG